UGUGAGUUGUCGUGUCUGGUUAUUUACGACUUGCUAUACGAGUUCGACAGAAUUCAAUAGUUUAUAACACGAGACAAAUGGAGUAAUAUAUAAAUAAUUUAUUCAAAACUCGACUUACCAGCCAUGUCAUGCUAGGCAAAGCCUUCAUCCUCCACAGACUCAAAAGUUAUACCAAUAUUGACUACACAUUGUAUGGUUAUCUCUUACAAUUAUGCAAAGAACAUUGCUUGAUUCGUCAAGGCAAACAGCUCCAUGCUCGUCUUGUUCUUUCUUCAACGAUCCCAAGCAACUUCCUUGCUUCAAAACUCAUCAAUUUCUACUCAAGAAAUGAACAUUUGAAAGAAGCACACCAUGUGUUUGAUGAAAUACCUGAGAGAAAUACAUUUUCUUGGAAUGCCCUUCUAAUUGGUUACUCUUCUAAGAAUUACCAUGUAGAAACUCUAAAGUUGUUUUCUUUGUUUUUAUCUGAGAAUUUUGAGACACCCCAUGUGAAGCCUGAUAAUUUUACAGUGACUUGUGUGUUAAAAGCUGUUUCUGGGGUGUUGGGGGACUCUGUUUUGGCUAAGAUGAUUCAUUGUUAUGUUUUAAAAAAUGGGUUUGAUUCAGAUGUGUAUGUAUUGAAUGGUUUGAUUGAUUCUUACUCGAAAACGGGUGAUUUGGUAUUGGCGAAAAAUGUGUUUGAUGAAGUUCCUGAAAGGGAUGUAGUGUCGUGGAAUUCGAUGAUAUCGGGUUAUUUUCAAUGUGGGUUUUAUGAGGAAUGCAAAGGAUUAUAUAGAGAAAUGCUGCAUUUAGAAAAGUUUAGACCUGGUGGGGUUACGGUGGUGAGUGUUCUACAAGCUUGUGCACAGUCGAAUGAUCUUAUGUUAGGAAUGGAAGUUCACCGGUAUGUUAUAGAAAACGGGAUUGAACUUGACAUUGCAGUUUAUAACUCGAUUGUUGCACUGUAUUCAAAAUGUGGUAGCUUGGACUACGCAAGAAAGCUUUUCGAAGAGAUGGAUGGGCCGGAUGAGAUAACUUAUGGUGCAAUGAUUUCAGGCUACAUGAUUUAUGGAUUUGUUGAUCAAGCUGUUAAUUUUUUUCAAGAAAUUGAUAAACCGUGUCUGAGUACUUGGAAUGCUGUGAUAACAGGUCUAGUACAGAAUAAUUUGUACGAGCAAGCUUUAGAGUUCGUUCGAAAGAUGCAGUUAUCAGGUGAUCAGCCUAAUGCCGUGACUCUCUCGAGUAUUCUUCCGGGAAUUUCCGAUUUAUCAUUUGCAAAAGGAGGAAAAGAAGUGCAUGCCUAUGCCAUAAAGAGUGAUUGUAAUCAAAAUAUCUAUGUCGCUACUGGAGUUAUUGAUACCUAUGCAAAACUGGGGUUUAUACAAUCAGCAAGGCGAGUUUUUGAUCACACGAACGAUCGGAGUGUCAUUAUUUGGACGGCAAUUAUCUCAGCGUAUGCUAACCAUGGAGAAUCCAAGGCUGCACUUGAUCUAUUUAAUGUGAUGCUGAGUCAUUGCAUAAGGCCAGAUUCUGUUACAUUUACUGCUGUAUUGGCAGCCUGUGCCCAUUCAGGACUGAUUGAUGAAGCUUGGAGAAUUUUUGAGUUGUUGGAGAAAUAUGGAAUUCAGCCUUCGGAUGAACAUUAUGCUUGCAUGGUGGGGGUUCUAAGUCGAGCAGGAAAGCUAUCUGAAGCAGUUGAUUUCAUCAGAAAGAUGCCAAUCGAACCAAGUGCAAGGGUUUGGGGUGCACUACUUAAUGGAGCUUCAGUAUUUGGUGACGUUGAUAUUGGUAGAUUUGCAUGUAGUCAUUUGUUUGAAAUAGAGCCUGAAAAUACUGGAAACUAUACCAUCAUGGCAAAUUUAUAUUCAAAAGCUGGUAGAUGGGAAGAAGCUCAGGAGCUUAGGAAGAACAUGAAAAUUCUUGGAUUGAAGAAGAUUACUGGUAGUAGUUGGAUGGAAACAUGUCAAGGCUUAAAAAGCUUUGUAGCAACAGAUGAAUCAAAUGAGAAGUCUGGAGAGGUUUAUGGGGUACUGGAAAGAUUGCUUGGUUCGAUGAGGGAUGACGGUUAUGUGAUUAUGGAUGAAUUUAAGGAGGAAACCAUGUGACGAAUCUGCUGCGAUGAGCAAGAGGUUGCCGGCUAAGUAGUUUUCUAGGCCAUGCAAGCAAGACUACAGGGUUGCCAUCAACUCUCUUGUGUCAUUAUUCAGAAGAAUGCCUUGUCUUAUCGUGAUGAAGUAGACAGUCAUUUAGCAAGCAUAAUACUCUUCCUGUAAUGAUAGCCUGAAGUCAUUCUGUGCCUCUGUGGUAACUCAAGACGCAACAUUCAAGCGGUAAAAGUGCUCAAGAAAUAAUUCAAAUGUGGUUUAGAUGUCUAACUGGUAAACAAAGAGACACGUUCAAAAGGACAAACCGAAACCAGAGAGUAUUUCGGUGUAAACACUUUAUGAUCCCCUGGGAAAAGUAUUUGUUUUUCAGUUGAUGAAAUACUUUGGAGAGAGGAUCACCAGCUUCUGGAAGGCCUUUUUGGAGGCCUAGCAGUAGAUAGUCUGUUGCUGCAUCGACACACCCAUCUCAACAAUUACAAUCAUUCAUCCAAGUGACUGAUGCAUCAGAUAGUUCGUGAUCCUAAAGCGCUGUCUACAUGCAACCUAACAAGUAUAAAGAUCUCAGCUUUUAAUGCAGGGAAUGUUGCACAAGUAGUAUUUACCAUUCUCUUUCAGAAGAAGAUGCACAAAGCCCAAAAAGCAGCUGUGAGAGAUGAAAAGGGUAAGUGACAAGAGCCCUUGAUAAGUGCAAGCUACAGUGGGGAAUAACUUCCAACCUAACUAAAUUAUUACAACUUUGUUUGUAGGGCCAAAAGGUGUACAUAUUUUUCCAUGAAUGGGCCAAAUUGAUAUUUUUGCUCUUAUGCUUGUUGUUUUUCACCAUGUUGUUAAACAAGAGAUAAUGAAAAGAAAGGAAUUAUUGUAGUUGUAUAAAAUGGACACAUGCUUCUGGACAAAGGCCAAUAUUCCCAGUCAUUCCCUUCCAUUCUACUCUACCUAACUCAUCUCCCUAGGCUUUUCCAAAACCACAUCUUUACUUAAUAAUGCAUCUUUCAUUAUUACUUUCUUGUUAACCUGUCUGGUUCAACUUGUGUGCACCUCGACUAAUCCAUGGUGUACCAGCUACCUCCCACUAGUACAAGUACGACUGUACCAGAUAACUAUGUCCACCAAGACUUGGUCAGAUGAGAUUUUACCUCCCCGCCCCAAAAAAAGAACUAGAAAACUAGUACUGAUACUUGGGAUCUUCAAUUGAUUGUGUGAAAGCCCACAUGGCUGUGUUUACUCUAUUUUAGUCUAAAAGUGAUUGCACCCUAUAGGUUACAAUCCAUGUUCCUCUUUUUCUUUUGCCUUUACUUUUUCCUUUUCUAUAGAACUCUUUGCUUUAGCUAAAAGUUUUAGAAGAACAACUUUUGUUAAUUGACUAACCAUCAUUGCUAGCUUUGUUUAACAAUUUAUUUAAUCUCCUUUUUUGGGUGUUGUUUGCCACAAUAUCAAUAAGUUUACUCCUUGUCCUAAAAGGAAAUUUCUUUUUCAUAUUUAUAAACAAUUAUAUUCUCAUUUUAUCGUUUAUGACCACAUAAAUAUCUAAGCUUUGUUUUGAAAUAUAAUUUUGAGAAGUCUCCGUUUUAGUUUGAUCAUAGAUUCUGAAGUUGAAACUUUGACAUGAAAAUUUGAGUUUUUUCAACUUCAGAAGUCUUCGCUCUAAUUCGAUCAUAUAUUUUGAAGUUUAAACUUGGUACAAGAAUACUUGAAUUUUUACAAUAAUUUCACAAAGUCUUCGCUCUAGUUUGACCAUAAUUUACAUGAAUAUUUGAGUUUUUGACGUUGUAUAUAGACUUGUGUUUUCUUUGGGGGGUUGUGGUGGUGGUGGAAUUGUUUUGUGAUGAAGAUAGAUUUUCAAAAUCUGAUGAAAUUUUGUGGUCAAAUACUCAUUUCUUUUUUAAUCUCCACACAUAAUCAAACUAUACCACAUAAAUUUCGACAGAAAAAAUCAUAUACAUAUUUUCACAUAGAUCUAUAAUAACAAUCCUAUGUGAUUUGUCCAAGCAAUUUGAGUCCCUAUAAAUCCCACACAUCCCAAAAACUCCCAAAA